AAUCCUCCGCCACCAUCUCCGCCGCCGCUUACAACCUCCCGCGAGAUGACCCGCCGCUACAUGACCGACAUGAUCACCUUCGCCGACACCGACGUCGUGGUCGUCGGCGCCGGCUCCGUCGGCCUCUCCUGCGCCUACGAGCUCAACAAGAACCCCAGCGUCAACGUCGCCAUCAUCGAACAAUCCGUCAGCCCCGGCGGCGGCGCGUGGCUCGGCGGCCAGCUCUUCUCCGCCAUGGUCGUCCGCAAGCCCGCCCACCGCUUCCUCGACGAGCUCCACAUCGCCUACGACGAGCAGGACGACUACGUGGUCAUCAAGCACCCCGCCCUCUUCACCUCCACCAUCAUGAGCAAGCUCCUCGUCCGCCCCAACGUCAAGCUCUUCAACGCCGUCGCCGCCGAGGACCUCAUCGUCAAGUCCGGCCGCGUCGCCGGAGUCGUCACGAACUGGACCCUCGUGUCGAUGAACCACGACACCCAGUCGUGUAUGGACCCCAACGUCAUGGGGGCCAAGGUCGUCGUGAGCUCGUGCGGCCACGACGGCCCCUUCGGCGCCACCGGCGUCAAGCGCCUCCGCAGCAUCGGGAUGAUCAACACCGUCCCCGGGAUGAAGUCCCUCGACAUGAACAUGGCCGAGGACCCCAUCGUGAGACACACCCGGGAGGUCGUCCCGGGGAUGAUCGUCACCGGGAUGAAGGUCGCCGAGAUCGAUGGUGCCCCCCAGAAUGGUAAAGAUUGA